UGUGAGGCGGCUGGCCUCCGAAGGGUUUCUGCUAUGGCGACUCCUGCUAUUCCUCCGCCGGGAGGGCCCCCCGGGAUACCCGGGGGGAAACCUGGACAAGGACCCGCAGCCGUCGGGGGAGGCGCGAAGAGCGGGGAGGAGCGGCUGAAGGAGAUGGAGGCCGAGAUGGCGCUAUUUGAACAAGAGGUGCUGGGCGCUCCUGUUUCCCUACCUCCCGUGACUCCUGUGGUGGAGGCUGUCCCUGUUGCCCUAGCAGUGCCAGCCGUGCCUGCGGUGUCACCGGUCCCCGUCAUCCGCCCUAUCAUUGCCACCAACACUUACCAACAGGUCCAGCAGAGUCUGGAAGCCCGAGCAGCAGCCGCUGCCACGGUGGUGGCUCCUAUUGUGGCUCCCCCAGUACCUUUUGUAGGUCCAGCUGUACCCCCACAGCGGCCCCCGAUCCUCCGACCGACUUUUGUGCCUCAUGUCCUGCAGAGAUCUGGUGGUCCCAGGCCCAUGCCCAUGCGGCCUCCUCAUCACCAGCCCAUGGUGGGGCCCCCCAUGCCAGGUCCUCAGGGCCCCCCGAUGCUGAUGGGUCCGCCAAUGCAGAGAGCCCCCGGCCCACCUCUCGGAGGCAUAGGGCCCAUGCGACCCGGUCCCCCCGUGAAUACCUUUAUCGGGAGAGGGCAGGUUGGCCCCGGGAUUCCUGUCGGCCCUCUGGCUCCAUUGGUGCCCGUCCCUAGGCCUGUUGUGGCCCCUCCCAAAGUGAACCCCACGGUCAUCCAGGCGGCCCCUACUGUGUAUUCUGCCCCGCCGGUGAAGAAGCAAGAGGAGGAGCAUCGAGAGCCCCCGCCCCCUGUGGUAGAGGAGAAGGAGCCGGUCGGGCUGGAGGAGCCGGUGAUUGGUCCCAGCAUGCCAGAGGCGGAGCCUGUUCCGCUGGUGGACCUGAGUCGGCUCCCUUCGCUGCGCGCACAUGAGCCUCCGCCCGCCCGCGGGAAGCGCCCCCGAGGACCUGACUCUGGCUUCGUACCCGUCGAGCCCGUCGUGGAGAACACGCCCGAGGACAAGAAGAAAGCCAAGCAGGAGAAGCUGAAGCGCUGCAUCCGCACAGCAGCUGGCACUUGCUGGGAGGACCCCAGCCUCCUCGAGUGGGACGCCGACGAUUUCCGGAUCUUCUGCGGGGACCUGGGCAACGAGGUGAACGACGACAUCCUGGCACGCGCCUUCAGCCGCUACCCGUCCUUCCUGAAGGCCAAAGUGAUCCGGGACAAGCGUACCGGCAAGACGAAAGGUUACGGCUUCGUCAGCUUCAAGGACCCCAACGAUUACGUCCGUGCCAUGCGGGAGAUGAACGGCAAGUACGUCGGGAGCCGGCCCAUCAAGCUGCGCAAAAGCAUGUGGAAGGACCGCAACAUCGACGUGGUGCGCAAGAAACAGAAGGAGAAGAAGAAGUUGGGGCUGAGGUAGCCGGGCAGAGAUGGACGUUUACGGGCCGCUCGCCCUCGGAUACGUGAAAGCAAGGAACCAUCCGGGCAUCUCCGAGCUGUCGAGUCCUGCCCUCUGGUGGGCAGAAUGCCGAUGGCAGACAGGCUUUGCGGGUAGGAGAUCUCGAGUUCCCCACAGCUCCUCUGCCAGCCAGCGAAGCUCAUGUUUAAGAUAUGUGUGCGCAUAAACCUCCUUAUGGCUCCUACAGUGUUUGGAGUGGGCUUGAUACUAAUGAGACUUGCAGUCCUCCACCCUCUUCUGGGGAGAAACAUCUCAGCGUAACAACAGUUUUCAUGGCAUGGGAGGGGGAGGAGCGUCUUAACCAAAUAAACGUGUCUCUAUUUUGUUUUCUUACUACUUCCACUUCAGUUGUUUUUACCGAGGCUUUGUAGAAUGGUUUUCCUCACUUCUUGGCCUUUUUUAUCUUUAUUAAAACAAGCAAACAGCAAAAGGAAGUAUAAAAGACAAAGAUACAUAAGGUACAUAACCAUCCCUUUCCCCUUUACGACCAUGGAUAGAGACUUCCCUUACCAGCGUAGGGCAAUUAUGGUAUUAAUUCAGUCUCUUCUAUUGCCAGGUCCAUCCUGUGUAUCGCACCUGACCGUAGUAGGUCUAAUCCAAGUCUUGUCUCUGCUUCUCUGGCAUGCUGUUCAUUUCACAGGGAUUUAGAUCAUUCUUAUUUUUAACAACCAGUCUUGUAACUUAGGAGUUAUUUUUGUUUGUUUCCAUUGGCCUUUCUGGUGGUUAGAGGAAUCUCUGCUUGUCUGAUUUGUGUGUCAGGAUUUCUUGACAGUUUCCAAGAACAAUUCUUCCUUUAACCCUUCAACAAUGUUUACUUGAUUUUUAAAAAAUAAAAACUGUC